AUGAAAUACGUUCAGAUCUGGAACGUCCAUACGGGUGCGCUGGUGAAACGGCACCAGAAUCCUAUUGAAGGAUCAGGAUAUGGGGCAAUUUUCGAUUUCUGUGUAUCGCCAGAUGGAACGCUGGUAGCCACAGUUGAUUCGCAUGGACAUUUUUCUAUUUUUGGCGUUGGAACCAAUCAGAUGGCCAAAACAACUCCGAAAGAGCAAUUCUUUCACACCGAUUACAUGUAA